AUCAACAGCCCUGUUAGUAUGUUGAAUUUUCAAGCUAGUAUGUUGAAUUUUCAAGUAAGUAUGUUGAAUUUUCAAGCUAGUAUGUUGAAUUUUCAAGUAAGUAUGUUGAAUUUUCAAGCUAGUAUGUUGAAUUUUCAAGCUAGUAUGUUGUUAUAUGUUGUUAGUAUGUUGAAUUUUCAAACUAGUAUGAUGAAGUUUCAUGUUAGUAUGUUGAAUUUUCAAGCUAGUAUGUUGAAUUUUCAAGCUAGUAUGUUGAAUUUUCAAGCAAGUAUGUUGAAUUUUCAAGCUAGUAUGUUGAAUUUUCAAGUUAGUAUGUUGUUAGUAUGUUGA